CGGGGGCGUGGUCACCGACAAUGGCCCCGGAUGUGGACGCCAGUGAAGAAGCUGGACGCCGGGAGACAAGAUGGGCGGCGGGACAGAAGGCCGGCACUGGACGAGCAUCCCAGGAUCCAGGCGGAGAGAUGGGGACAGAUGACAGCAGCCCGAGCGGGAAGAAGGUCCGGAGCAAGCCCCAGCUGGCGCGCUACCUGGGCGGCUCCAUGGACCUGAGCGCCUUCGACUUCCGCACGGGCAAGAUGCUGCUGAGCAAGGCGCACAAGAGCCGGCAGCGCGUGCGCUACGACUCCUCCAACCAGGUCAAGGGCAAGCCUGACUUGAACACGGCCCUCCCCGUCAGGCAGACGGCCUCCAUCUUCAAGCAGCCGGUGACCAAGAUCACCAACCAUCCCAGCAACAAGGUCAAGAGCGACCCCCAGAAGGCCGUGGAGCAGCCCCGGCAGCUCUUCUGGGAGAAGAAGCUGAGUGGCCUGAACGCCUUUGACAUCGCUGAGGAGCUCGUGAAGACCAUGGACCUCCCCAAGGGCCUGCAAGGCGUGGGGCCCGGCUGCACUGACGAGACCCUGCUGUCGGCCAUCGCCAGCGCCCUGCACACCAGCACCAUGCCCAUCACCGGGCAGCUCUCGGCCGCCGUGGAGAAGAACCCCGGGGUCUGGCUGAACACGGCCCAGCCGCUCUGCAAGGCCUUCAUGGUGACCGACGAGGACAUCAGGAAGCAGGAGGAGCUGGUGCAGCAGGUCCGCAAGCGGCUGGAGGAGGCGCUGAUGGCCGACAUGCUGGCCCACGUGGAGGAGCUGGCCCGGGACGGCGAGGCGCCACUGGACAAGCCAGGUGCCGAUGAAGAUGACGAGGACGAUGACGAGGAUGAGGAGCCCGACCAGGACGCAGACAUGGAGCACAUCUAGCGGGGUGGGCACGCUCGGCCACAGGGCACUGACCGCGGGGGGCAGCCCUGGAAUCCUGGGGACUUGCUCUGCACCGAGUGGUGGCUGUGCUGGGAGCUCCUGUGUCCCCGGAGGAGCCUGGGUGGCCUGGCCACAUUGGGGCACUAAUGCCCCGUCUUCCGUGAGGCCCGUGUGGGGACCCGGCGUGGGGUGGGGAAGAUGCCCCUCGCCCUUCCCAGGCGUGUCUCCUCCCCUAGGCCUUGGGGACACCUUGUGGGCAUGGCUGGAGGAUGGCCCCCCACGUUUGCUCUUCUCCGAAGGGCCCAUUGCUGCUGGGCUGGGCUGGCCGGGCCCCUGGACUUGGCUGUCACCACCUGAGCUCCUCGUAUGGCAGCCUGUGGGGUCCCCGUGGGCCAGAGAAUCGUUCUUGAAGCAUCUUGCCUCCCAGUCUGCAAGUGAGGGACUGGCCAUCAGCCUGUCACCCUCCAGAGGGGGAGUGCGGGGCAGUGCUCCACAUGCCCACCCGGCCGGGCGAAGCCGUGAUGCUUGGAGCGUGUCCUUUGGCACGCGCCACAACCCAGACGUUUUCAAUAAAUCGGUGGUACACCCGGGGCUGGAUGUCCCAUACCUGCUUGA